CAUGACGCCAUAUUGCUAAGGUAACGGCAAUGUUUAGCCAGCCACGCAAAACAUAAAUAGCCCCAACAUGGCAUACGUAAGGGUUGUUACUUAAUUGGUGUAUUUUCAGAUGUCCUUUAUGACCAAUGCGAUCAAAAUUUAAAAGAGGCUUGACUGUAGGAACCAAAAAAUAUUGUUUGUCGUUGUGAACCGGUAACUUAUUCCUGACGCACCUAUGUGUUCACGUACCGAACGAUUAGCAUCAUUAGCAUUAGCUGAUCAAAGAGCGAGCUCGCAACACUCGUAUUCACAUGUUAACUAAUUGUAUUGAAAACUUUAAGAAUAAAUGCAUGGUCUGUGAUGUGUAUUAAUGCUUGACGUGUGUCCGCAUGUCGUUUUCUCGGUUUACCAUCAUAUUUUGUUUUUGCUAACGGCUGAGUAUCAUCUUGUACGGACACGAGCGAAACCUUGGUAAACGUUAGUUAACGUCGGAAACAAGGCGUAACGUUAAUAGUAAUUCACAAAUUUUGUCAGUGCACCUGUUGUCGGUAUGCACUGGUAAUUUGCAAAGUGUGCAUGUGCGAACUUCACUGAAAACUAAAAAAAAGACGUAACUAGCUGCAGUGCCACCAACUGGAUCACCUUAGGCCCACGGGAUGGCUGCUGCAGGACCUGCAGCCGGACCAAGUACCUCCAAGCAGGAUCUCAUAGAUCUUUACGGGGACCUCAAUCAAAACGAAGAGGAUUUGGACAGAAUUGCUGAAGCAAAUGAACUUUUUGAUGCUGUUCUGACUGGCUCAGUUGACCGGGAUAAGAAAGUCACUACAGAUGUGGCACCUCCGAAAACGACAGCAGCUACAGAGGAGGUUAACUCAAAAGUGGUAAACAAUAAAGGAAGAAACUCACUGAGGAAACUGUCUUUAUAUAUUGGGAAUUUUCCCUGGUGGACAUCCGAUAAGGACAUCAUAUGCAUGGCUCAAACGCUGGGUGUGAGGGACAUCAUAGAGAUUAAAUUUGCUGAGAACAAAGUUAACGGCCAGUCAAGAGGCUUUGCUGAAGUGGUGGUUACCUCAGACGAGUCAUUUAAACUACUGUUGGAAAAAAUCCCCAAAUGUGAGAUCAAUGGGGAAAGGGUAGACUGCCGUUUUGCCACUCGCCAGAACCUGUCUGUGUUUGAGGACAUGGCAAAUAAACGUAUACCCCUGCGUGUUAACUCCAAAGACUCUAAGGACACCGAUCCUUCGAAUAAGAUUCCCUCAUUAUUAUCACAGGAGUCCAGCCCUCCCCCCAUACCUCCUCUUCUUCCAUCACAUCCACUCGCAAACAGGUUUCCCUCAUUACCCAACCCUUACCUUAGUCAUCCACCUCCUCCCUUUCCACAUAUGCCACCAAACAUCCCUCCACCCAUGCCCCCCCAUUUGUACCCUCCUCAUCCAGUCCAUAUUCCCAGCCAACCACCUCCCAGUCUGCAUAUAAAUCCAGCUUUCUUCAAUCCAGCACAAGACGGGCACAGCAGCAAAGCUUACAGCCAGCAAAAACAUACACCUCAAAGGACAGAUGGAGACUUUGAAGAGCUAUUGAACAGAAAUAAAGCAGUUGCCAGCAGCGCCAUCAGCAAGGCUGUGUCUGGAGCAACAGCUGGAGACUUACGAGUGGCCAUGGAGACUCUAUUAACCGCCAUUGCCAUCAUUAAGCAGUCCAGAGUGUACGGAGAUGAACGCUGCCAAGCCUUGGUCACCUCACUCAAAGACUGUCUAGUCUCUAUCCAGGGCAACUACGGCUACAGGAGUGGCAGUCGUUCUGGGGACGACGAAAGAGACCGGGACAGGGGUCGCGACAGAGAGCGAGAGCGAGAGCGUGAUAGGGAUCGUGACAGAGAAGACUCUUCUGGUUGGGACGGUGUGGGAAUGUCUCGGAGACACAUAGAUCAUUCCCGGAGCAGGGACAGGGACAAGGCACGCUCACGGGAACGGCACAGAGAUCAAAGAGAUCAAAGAGAUCAAAGGGAUCACAGAGAUCACAGAGAUCACAGAGACCGAUACCGCUAACUUGACUGAUGGAGUGUUUAAGUGUGAAGACAAGUGAAGAUGGGACUUUUGUUUUUGCACCAAGUUGCAUAAAAUCUGGGGGAAUCUAAGGUGAGACUGAAGAUGCAUCUCCAAAAGUCUGAAGUGUACUUUUUUUUUUUUGUUUUGUUCACCAGUCGUUUGUACAUACUGGGACUUUUACCUGUUUUAAGAAAAAUGUGGUUGUAGAUUUGUUGGUGGGAUGUCAGAUUCCAAUGUUUGCAUGCAUAGGAACACCUCUUAAUAAUAACUUAAGAAAAACAGUGUAACAGUUUCUUCACUUUCUUUUGUAUUAAAUCUGCAGAUUAAAAACACA